GAAAAGGCAGGGAACAGUGGCAUGUCGCUUCCUUUGGACGUGGAAACAUCACUACCUCACCCCCCAACCAGCGGCCACCUUAUGGCUCAAAAAAUGAAAUUGGGACGGCAGGUUGCAGAGGAAGGUGAAACGGUAGAGAAGAGGCCGCCCAAGAAACCAAUUCGAUUUUCUUCGUUCCUGCCAAGCCCUCAGGAACUAUCGGAGAUUAGAAGCAAGAAAAAGUUGCUUAUUACUGGAACAGAACAAUUUAACCAGAAACCGAAAAAAGGCAUUCAGUUUCUUCAGGAGAACGGCCUGCUUGCAUCCCCCAUGGACAAUAGUGAAGUCGCUCAGUGGCUCAGGGAAAAUCCACGACUAGACAAAAAAAUGAUUGGCGAAUUUAUCAGUGAUCGGAAGAGCAUGGAACUCUUGGACAGUUUUGUUGGGACAUUUACUUUCCAAGGAUUGAGAGUUGAUGAGGCGUUGCGCUCCUAUCUAGAAGCCUUCAGACUCCCUGGUGAAGCCCCUGUCAUUCACAGACUAUUAGAAGUCUUCACAGAUCAUUGGCAUAAAAUUAAUGGCUCACCGUUUUCCAACAAUGAUGCCUGCUUUGCACUUGCCUAUGCUGUAAUAAUGCUCAAUACAGACCAACACAAUCACAAUGUUCGUAAGCAAAAUGUACCAAUGACAUCAGAGCAAUUCAAAAAGAAUUUGAAAGGAGUUAAUGGCUCUAAAGAUUUUGAUCAAGAUAUGUUAGAGGACAUAUAUAAUGCAAUCAAGAACGAUGAGAUUGUGAUGCCAGAGGAGCAAACUGGUUUUGUGAAGGAGAACUAUAUAUGGAAUGUUCUCUUGAAUCGUGGGAGCUCACCAGAAGGCAUUUUCCUCCACGUACCCCCAGGAACCUACGAUCAUGAUCUAUUCACCAUGACUUGGGGUCCCACCAUAGCUGCACUUUCUUAUGUUUUUGACAAGAGCUUAGAUGAAACAAUAAUACAGAAAGCAAUAUCUGGUUUCAGGUAA